CACUUGGAACGCCGGGGCUCUAGGACCAGCUCACCCCAGCUGCCAUUCUCCUUCUGGCCGCCCGGGGGCAGCAGGCGCAGCUUGCAGACGGCGUGGGCGGAGAAGGGCUGCGCUGACGUGGGCGGCUCCCGCCCCGGCAGCGGGAGGAGCUCGGCUGCGUGCGUCUAGCCCGGCCUCUCGGGCGCCCGGCGGGAGGGGAAGAGGACAGUUACUUGGCGGCUCGGAGCAGGCGCUACCGCAGUUGAGCUGGGAGUCUCUGUUACCCGGACACACGCAGCCCUCGCCCCGCCGCCAUGUCCAAGGAGGAGAAGAAGCCUUUCAGCCAGACCAUGACCGAGUGGCGGCAGUUCGUGUACAACCCGCGCAGCGGCGAGUUUCUGGGGCGCACGGCCAAGAGCUGGGGUCUAAUCUUGCUGUUUUAUCUGGUAUUCUAUGGUUUCCUAGCAGCACUUUUUACAUUUACAAUGUGGGUUAUGCUUCAGACCCUGAGUGGAGAUAUUCCCAAAUAUCGGGACCGGAUUUCUAGUCCAGGACUUAUGAUUUCACCAAAGCCAGUCACUGCACUGGAAUUUUAUUUUAACAAGUCUGACUCCCAGUCAUAUGCAGAAUACGUUUCUACCCUUAAACAAUUUCUAAAGUCAUAUGAUGAUUCAGAACAAUCUAGAAAUAUAGCAUGUACCGCAGGAAAACUGUUUGAGCAAAAUGAAGAUCGUGCUGUUAAACAGGCAUGUCAAUUCAAUCGCACUAAGCUUGGAUCAUGUUCUGGAGUAGAAGAUGACACUUUUGGCUAUGCUAAAGGAACUCCAUGUGUGCUUGUGAAAAUGAAUAGAAUAAUUGGAUUAAAGCCUGAAGGAGAGCCACAUAUACAAUGUUCACCUAAGGAAGAAGGCAAGGUUCAGAUAACUUAUUUUCCUGAUGGGGGAAUGAUUGAUUUAAUGUAUUUUCCAUACUAUGGAAAAAAUUUACAUGCUGACUAUCUACAGCCACUAGUGGCUGUUCAACUAGCAAUUAUCUCCAACCGUACCAAAGAAGAAGUAACAAUUGUAUGUAAGAUUAUGGGAUCUCCCAAUUUAAGAAAUGAAGAUGACCAUGACAAGUUUCUUGGACGAAUUUCUUUCAGAGUUCAGAUGUCUGAAUAGCAUGAGUCAAUCUCCACAAAGUAAACAUUGUGUUGUCUGUCUUUUUUAUUUUAUAUCAGCUGGACGUGCCAUUCCCGGACAUAAGACCACCUGGGAUAAUGUGGCACAUGGCGUUCAGGGUAGCAUAAUAGUGUGCUUCCAAAUCAUAUUUAAAAUCCCUCAAAAUAACUGCCUGUCAAGCUUCUGCCUGCCCCAUUGGACCAGUGUACAGACCAUAGUUAUGUGAUAUUAGGGACCUGUAAAUAGUUGAUUCCGAAUAUGUAAUAAUGGUGGUCUUUGUCUGUUCUAAAAUGUGGUUUUAUCCCCAAGUGACUGUCUCAAACAUAAUCUGCUGUGCUAUGUAAAUAGUGUAUUGAUUUAACACUGGUUUGACUGUCAUAUCUCAACACUGAUACAUUUUUAGCUAUCAGAUGAUAAGAAUAAAUGGUACCUGACCAACAUAGUUAUUUUCAAAACAAAAAACAACUCUGCAAGAAUUGCGUGUGUGGAGACACCUUAAGUCCUGUACUGGUUUGGGGGGGACUAAAUAAAGUGGAUUUUAAAAGUGUUGGUAUGGAUUUUUGAAAUUAUUUAAGUGCUGAACUAGUCUGUUGUGCUUGUCACUGUGUAGGUAUGUGUAAACGUGUACUAUUUGGUAUUUUAGUUGAGAAAUUGAAUCUCGUAUUGUUAAUUGGUUGCAGUAUGUGGAACACAAAUAAAACACAUACAAAGUCAUUUAAAAACUUUAGUUGAGAAAUAUCAUCUGAAACAGUUUCUUUCAAAUGUUAAUGGUUUUGAGUCCUGGUAACAAUUGCACUACAGAGUUGCUUGAAAGAAAGGCCUCACUAUUCUGUGAGUAGCCUUUUGUUUUCCAAUAAAAUCAAAAUUCCUAAAAUGAAAAACUUGUUUUAAAAUUAAAAGCAAAAUGAGAAUUGUCUUGAUUAAACAUUCCUUUAAUGUUUAUACUUAGUUCCCUCACAUCACUUCUGCCAUAUCUUAUUUUUUUACUUUUACUCAACUUUUGAUUUGAAUUUUUUAUGAGCUGCUUCAUCCACCUCUUGAGAGAAAUUUGCUUUGCCCAUCUGUUACCUUAAAAAACGCUUCUCAGUUUGCAGCUAGUCAAAGUUGCACUUUACAUCAAAUUGAAUUGCAGCCAUUUAGAUCUCUCGCUAUUGCAGUUUCUGUAAUGUUGCUGAUAAAGGAGCAGUACCACUCUUUCCUAUUGUGUGUGUUUUUUUUUUUUUUUUUUUUUUGGUGUGUGCUCCUUAGUCUCAUUCAGUUUUUCAUGAUAAAAAUUUGCUUUGAACUAGGUGAGAUUUCCAUUAUCUGUUUGGCUUAGCCAGACUUUAAUUGUUUCAGCUGAAAUUUCCCAUUUUAGUAAAAAAUUUUUAGUAAAAAUGGAUCAGCAGCUUUUGAGACCAAGUUGAGAGAAAUAAUUCUUAUAACCUUUUUACUGAGAAGUUUUAGCUUCUUGAUGCUUCGGAGCAGGGUUCUCUGGUUUCCUACUGAAGCCAGAGAGGUGCAUUUUGCUGUCUCCACGAAAAUCAACCCAAUUUUGGUUGAGUUAUAAGCCUCUGAAAAUUGUAGUUGGCACAUGCUCAUUGGAGGCUUUUUUAGAAUUUGGCAGCAAAAUUAUCUGACGUUUCCAUCCACACCUGAGAUUAUUUCAGCCUUGACCAUGCAGGGACUGAGUAGGACUUUCCCUGAAGUUGCUCCUCAUAGUUGGUGGUAGGAACUGUGCUGCUAGAUAUUAGAAAUGAGCGAAAUCUCUUUUCUUUGUGCCCAGUGCUCCCCCUGUUAGUGCACAGGCAGCAUGGAGGAAAUUGUGACCCAAUUAGUAGUUUUGUUUCAGAAACUUUUGUUUCUUGAUGUGACUCAAAGUAAUUUAAAUAAUUGGAAAAAUUAAAUAUUUGAAUUUUGCUACUGAUUCUAAAAUGAGAUGUUCAGUUAGUCUACAAAUCUGGGUCUACAGAAGUUUGAGCGUUUUUGCCAUUUUUUUAAAUUAGUUGACAUUGUUAAUCCACCUGUCUGAAAAAUCAAGCUGAUUCUGACUUCAGUAAACCAGUGCGCACACUGUUUUUAUCCAGCAUUUUUUUUUGUUUCUGUAAGCUUGUAUGACUCUCACAAGCCCUUUAUUGUUCGGAGUUAAAUCACAUUAUUUAGUAAAUUAUUUUAGUAACCUUUCAGUCAAUAGGAAGAACACAUUACUGGAAAAAUUCUGUCCUGUCCCCAGCAGAUCAUGUGAGCUAUUUUCAGCAAUGUUCUUUUAAACAAAAAUAAAUAGUUCACUAAUGCCCAGACACUUGUUAAAAUAUGUCAAUAGUACUAAAUCAGUUGCCAAAUUACUGAAGCCCUUCAGUGAAUUGACCUUCUCUAUAUCAACAUAUAUUCAUAUGUAAUCUACCCUAUAAAUUAGUAUCUUUUUGACUGCAGCAUUUCCAGGAGGAUUAGUUCUGUAAAACUGCCCAUUAUGAAAAUUCUAAAUCUAUUAACUUCAUUUUUAUAUCCAUUUCAGCAUCAGUCUGUGUCCUCAUGAGACAUAGAUAUUCUUCUAGUUUCACUUAGUGAACUUUUGUUGUAGUUUUCUUAACUUUAGUAUAGUUUUUCUUUUUGUCUGCUGGCUAUUUUUUGAGAAAUUUUAGAAGGGGUAUCUGUAUUCAGAUCCCCCUCCUGAUACAUUAGGGCUAUUCCAUUAUUGCAUAUCCUGUCACCCAGCUUCAAGACCUGCCCAUCAUGCAACCCAGAUAAAUCCAUUAAUGAUGGGCAUUCCAGAUAUAUCAUCUACUUGGAACAGGGACACAUUAACAGAGCAUUUAAAUGCCACUCAUUUCCCAAGAAUACCCUCAAGAAUAGAGGUGAGGUUGAAGAAAUGCUUUUUUGAGAGAUGUAUGCAACUCCCAUCCCCAAGAAGCCCAGAAAAGAUUAACCAUAUCCUAAGUCAGCACUGGUUAGUUGCAGUUCCGCCUCCCCUCAUUAGCAGCUUCCUCCCACAGACUAUUCAGCAACUGUCUGCCUCUUUGAGGAGAGACAAAGGAGCACCACUGCAGUCGGGAGUUUGUUCUCUGACCCUGAGUAAAUGACCUAGAACUUCUCCUUAGGUUUCUUACACUAAUACAUGAAGUUUGGCGCCUCUGCCUGGUGCCAAGGCACCAAAGAGUAGUCUGCCACUGAUGGCUUCUAAGUCCUAUAAAGGCCGCACUGCCCUCUGGCACCAGCCUUGCACCGAAACCCUUGGCGACUACCAUCUUGCCUCCAGUACAAAGUAGUGCCUCCUCAGUGCUGAUCCUUGCUCUGGUCCUGGAUGUUUUAGCAUCAGAGAUCCUGGCACUGAAGCCUUUCCUGGUACCAGCCUACCUAUCUGUCAGUCUGUUAUUGGAGUCUCCUUCCCUGGAGUAUUUGAGAUAUAUUAUGUAAAAGCAACCAUCUACCUCAGCGCCACUCCAUCUGGUACUGUACAGGCCCAUACCCUGGACAUGUCUGCUCCCCUUGUCAGGAGGAAAGUCACUCCUUGUCAUCCUCACCAGAAUGCGCUGAGGGCUCCCCUCCCUCCUAAUACCAGUUUCCGCAAUGCAUGGCCCAAUGAGAGUUCAACAAGGAGUGCAGAGAAAACAGUGGAGAAGAUAAAGGACCAGAAGAUUUCAAGGAGUGUCCAUUGUGGUACCUUCCUAUGUGCCAAUAUGCCAGUUUGCCUACCAAUGUUGGCUAUACUGGUCUGCCUAGGGUAUGAAUCCCUACUUCAGAAGACCCACAGCCACUGUUGCUCAUCCAAGAUCUACUUCAGUUGGGAAGUAAUUACAGCCUCCUCGAACUACCCAACUUGAUCAACCCCUGUUCGUGAAAAAUGAGUACAUUAGGGAGGAAAAUCAACACCCUUCAGAUCAGGUACCUCUGGCCCUUCAAGGGUUUUUGUUGAUCUGAUGAAGAGGUUCAUCCGCUCUCUUAAGAGGAGUUCAAAACCAUCUAGGACUUCUUGAAGAGGACCCUAGAGACUUUGGCAUUCCUCCUGAGGUUAUAUAGGAGAAACAACACAUAUUAUUGGAUGUUCUGUAUACAGCAACACCAGGCAGAAUAGCAAGGUUAUCUGGCAUACUCCUGGCUCCAUCCCACCCAUUUUAGAGAGCAAUAUAUCAGAUUUCUGGUAGGCAACUCUUACUACCAGUACAGGAUAUUGCCUUUCAGUCUCUGUGGUCCCCUGGAUUUUCACCAAGGUUCUAGCUAUAGUAGCUGCCCAUCUGUGAAGGAUGGGAAUGCAAGCAUACCUCUUACAGGAUGAUUGGCUGGUUUGGGGAUGAUCAGCCACAGCAAGGUACCAAGUCAAUUCACACCAUCUUUUGGCUUCCUUGGGCCUCAAGGUCAACAGGGACAAUCUAUUCUGACCCUGACUUGGUCCAUAGUUUUAUCGGCUUUCUGUUAAAAAGAGCUUACCUGCCUCAACAGUGCUUACAAACCAUGAUGGACCUUCUCAAUCUGCUCUGCAAGUGCACUAGAAUGCUAGUGAAGACGUGUCUCAAGCUCAUGGGCCUUUGGCAGUGUGCUCCUGCAUCACACAGCUUGCCAGACUUCAAUUCUGGCCACUGAAAGGCUGAUUGAACUCAUUUUCUCUACCCAAGAGACACAGCAUGGACCAUCUGGUCACUGUCCCUAUUGAAGUUCUCUCUUCUUUAAGCUGAUGGGAAGAUCAGUCCAAGUGUGAGUUCUGUUCUCUGUUUCUUGUCCCACUAACACACUGGUCAUGGAUGCCUCUUCCCUGGAAUGGGGAAUUCAUUUCAAUCAUCUCAAGAUUCAAGGAUGAUGAUCACCAAAGAAGGACCUGCAGCAUAUAAACAUAUUGAAGCUUGGGGCCAUAUGGUUAGUGUGCAAGGCUGUCUUAAUUCUCCUUCAGGGCCUCACUUUUCAAGUGUUGAUUUGACAACACCACCACAAUCCACUACAGAAACAAAAAGGAAGGAGUGAGAUCAUCCCCGCUCUGUGAAAAGACUUACGUAUAUUUGAGAAUGGUACAUUACUUCAAUGGCUUUCCACCUGUCCAGCUUUCAGUACAUCUUGGCAGAUCACCAUCUCAGCAGGACAUGCUGCAGAACCAUCAAUGGUGCCUGAGUGAUAUGAUUCUCUGUGGUGGUCUUUCUGAGAUGGGGACUGCUAUCCCUGGACCUGUUUGCUAUGUAUGAGAACAAGUGUGCAUCUGCUCCGGAGAAGGUGUGAGCCCAUGCUCGCUGAUGGAUGUUUCUUCUCCCAUGGUCUCUUGGGCUCUUUUUAUGCCUUCCCACCAAUCCCCAGGAUCCUCAGAGUUCUCAGGAAACUCCAAACAAGACUCAGGCUGUGUUAUCCUAACAUGGGUCAGACAUGGGUCAGCCCUAACAUGGGUCAGACAGCUCUGGUUUUCUGAACUAGUGAGUGUCUCUGACCAGUUGAUAACCUCAGGUCUUCUUCCCAGUCUGCAUUCCCAGAAUAAGGGCCAAAUGCUGCAUCCAAACCUGACCUUGCUCCAUCUCAUGUUCUGGAUGCUGGGUGGAUAACUCCUCUGGAGAGAGACUGCUUAUCUGAGAUUCAAGAGAUCCUCCUGCAAAACAGGAAGCCUUCAGCCUGGCUCACUUGCACUGCAGAGUGGAAAAGAUUCUCUGUGUGGGUAACCCAGUGAUAGCUUUUGCCAUUGUCUACUUUGAUCCCAAAUAUUUUGGACUAUCUGCUCUUCCUGAAAUGAUCUCUGUCAGUUCUAUUGGAGUGGUGACCAUUUCCAGAAAUCACAACAGUGCAAAGUUACACUAUUUGCUCAUCUUACAGUAACUGAACUUGAGAGAUCUCCCCCCCUACCCCGCAAUAAAGGGGCAUCCCCCUUCCUGGGACUUCAGUCUGGUUUUAACUGGCAUGAUGGGACCUCUAUAUAAACCCAUGACAAUCUGCUCUCCACAUCUAUCCAUAUUCUUGAUAGCCAUCAACUUAACUGGAAGAGUCAGUGAAAUAAAGGCCCUUAAAACAGACCCUUCAUAUACUGUCUUCCAUAAGGACAAGGUCACCUUAGGCCUAAUCCCAAAUUUUGCCAAGGUAAUCUCAAACUUUCACCUUAAUCAAUUCAUACAUCUCCUGGUUUUCUUUCAAAAACCCCACUCUCACAGCCGAAACGAAAUUACACACUUUGGAGAUAGUGAUAGCACUAUCUUUUUUUUUUUUUUUUUUUUUUUUUAAUUUGGACAGAACCAAGCUAUUGAGAAUAUCCCCUUGGCUGUGUGACUUUUGCAGAAAGAGAGGACAGUACAGUCCUCUUCACUCAGAUUAUCCAAGAGGGUCUGAAACUGCAUCAGGACUUGCUAUCAGGUGAUAAACAAGACUCCCCUGGCUCACAUCAGGGCACAUUGCAUUAGGGUGCAUGCAGUCUCUGCUGCUUCCCUCACCAACGUUCCAGUCUGAGUUAUGUAGAACAGCUUUCUGGAGUUUGAUCUAUUUGUUCAUCCUUGCCUACUCCCUGGUCCAGUCUUUCACAUCAGAUGCCAACUUCGGUAGAGCUGUCCUGCAAUCACUAGUCAGGUAGGACUUUUCUGUGCUCCUGACCAGAGAACUGCUUGAUACUCAC